CUGAGGCCUCAGCACAGAGCCGAACCCUAGCUCCCAAAGACAGCCGCCCAAACUCGCCUCUCUCUCUCUCCUUCUCGUUUUCUCUGGAAUACAAACGAAACAGAGAAACAAAAACAAUCCAAUCCUAAUCACCCCCUUCUCGUUUUCUUCUCACGACGAACAAAAUGAAACCCUAGCCUUCCUUUCUAAAAACGAUCCUCUCUUUCUCCAUCUCGAUCCACCUCCCUCCUUCUCUCGCCCUCUAUAACGAUGAGAUGGAAGUGACCACUUCCUCACCGAUGAAGGCGACGGCGGGAGCAAGAUCGGCGACAAAGAUAUUGACGACAUUGACGGCCGGAGUUGCGGGCAGAAGUGGAAAGAUGGCAGUCUCCGGUGGUGGAAAUGAAGCAGCUUCCGACCGGCGACGAGGAGGGAUCAACUUCCGACAGGAAGUUUUAGGAUCGGGUGUGCCGCAAGGAAGGAUGGGGUCAUUGAAGACAGGGGAUAGGAAACCGGCGGCGACAGAGGCGAAGACUCUCUGGUCGCCGCGAUGACCAGUCCAAUGGAGAUAGCGGGUUCUAAUAGGUAAGGCGUGUUGUUUGGGGUUUUAGAGAUCUAGGAUUAUAUGUUUUAAAGUCUCAAAAGGUGGAUUUUGUUAAAAUUCCCAGAAUUGGUUCAUACAAAGAAAAUCAUAAGUGGAGAAAUUUACAUGUUAAUCAACUGUAAAAAUUGCUACUGCCUGUGAUUAGGAAGUCUCAAUAUCGUAUGUUCAUGGUGGACUUGAACUAUUUCGAGCCUGGACGUGGUUUUGUCAAGAUGUUGAUUCGGGUUUAGGGGUCAUGCUUAGUUAGUGAUAAUAUGAUUUUUUGGAUUGAAUAGGUCGGUUUUUCUGAAAUCUGGGAUUUGGGUUGGGGUGUUCUCAGAAAUGGAAACUGUGGGUUGUGAUUGAAUCUUGAAACCUGCUCGUUUAUGGUUGGAAAUCAGUGUGUGUAUGAUGGUUUGUGGUUUUAAAGGGGUUUAGAAUCUGGAAAUUCUGUAUACUUGUUUGGGGGUAUUGAUUCUGGGAAUUCGGUUAUGGUAUGUUUAUAUUGGUUUUGGAACUGGAAUUUUGUGGUGUGUGUUUAGUGGUUUUAACUGCUUGUGCUUAUGUAUGUAGUGAACAAAAGAUUUCACUACCAUCUGUACAUACUUAGAUAAAAAAAAGGGCAGCUUAAUAGAUCCACUACCAUCUCUACAUAUUUGGGAUAAAAAGGUAACAUAACAAGAGUUUAAACGAGGUGAUAGAUGAAACAUAUAGUUAUAUAGUAUUAACAAAUUCAGAAAGCUAACUUGAAUGGAAAUACAUGUAUGCUAUCUAGUUUAUAGAGAUAAAAUAUGAGAUGGAAAUAAGUACAAGGAUGAUAACUAUAUUAAGUAAUUGGAUUACAAUGAUGUGAAAUGCUUAAAAGGGAAAGAGAUUCAAACUUUGAUUCAUGUUAAAGUGUUUAGAUCGACUUGUAAUUUGUUUGGAGGUAAUAAGUUGUGAUUUCCUCUUAAAACUCUUUCUUUAAGAAAGGUAGAAAUGAGACGAUAUGGUGAUAAUCGAUGAUUAUGCGUUACCAACCUUUCUUUCUAUUGCUUGGUGAAGGAUUUGCCCUUUGUUGAAGUCUCCCCUAAAAGAUAAUAUUCUUAAUAUGCCUAUUCGUUUUUGUUGUUUGUGAUGAAGAGGAAAGGGAAAGAUUGUUUUCUAUAUUUUCUGUUUGUAAGAAAAGGAAAAGUAGAGGAAGAAGAAAGUUGUCUGUGUUUUUCUAGGAGAAGGAAAUCUAAAAAAGAACCAAGAAGUUGAUCCCCCACUCUCUUUUCUGUCUGUUUUUGGUUGCUAGGAUUGUGUUUGUAUUGUUAUUGAGUAUCUUUCCUCUUGUGCUUCUAACGAAGAAAGAAAAUGAUGAUUUUUCAAGGUCUUUACUCCUUUUUUGUCUGGUUUAUCUGUGUUUGUUUAGAAAGGGCGAUGGAGGCGUUGAGGAAGAAGAGGAAGAAGGAGAGGAAGAAGGAAGAAAUCUGGUCGUGGGGGAGCAUAAGGGAAGAUGUUCUGGUUUUUGCUGUUUUUGUCUGUCUUUUUGGGGAGGGGAAAUGAAGCUGUCCAGGACGAAGAAGAAGACGCAGGUUUGGUUCCCCUGCUCGUGGCCGUGGGGAAGAAGAAGAAGAAGAAGAAUUGGCCAGAAUAAUGAAGGGGAAGAAGAAUUCAGAAACUCCGCCCUCAAGAAAGAGCCAAGGUGUGUUUUUUAUAGAGAAAGACAGCUUGUUCCCCAAGUUUGGAACAGUGCUGGGUUUGGGUCGGACCUGUCUGAGUUGGUCGGACCGAUAUGGGUUUGGUCAGACCUGUUCUCUGACCAGUUCGACUUUGUUGACUAGUGUGACUGUAGACUUUGACUUUUUGGUGGGCUUUGAUUUGGGCCAAAUUCCUUUAUUCUUUAAUUGUACCGUGCAAUACAAUUACAAUUUAGCA